AUGGCCGGAGACCCUUCGAAGCGUAACCAGAACCUGUAUUGUCAUUAUCAUCAAGACCACGGGCAUACCACUGAGGAUUGCAGGAAUCUAUGGAAUCACCUGGAUCAGUUGGUUCGAGAAGGAAAGUUACGUCACCUUUUUCACCCCUCCAGCAGUCAUCUGGGCCAAGCAGUUCAAGAGCCUCGAAAAGAUGUAUCUUUGAGACCUCCCAUAGGGACGAUACACGUCAUCCUCACCGCCCCAGGGAGAACCGACUCUUUUCCCUCUAGGGUGUUGUCUGUAGCUCGGCCCCCCGCCAAGGAUGGUGAGAGGGAGUCCAAAAGAUCUAAAAAGGGAAACUCACUAGUGUUGGGGUUCUCGGACGAGGAUAAGGGUGGAACUAUCCAACCUCACGACGAUGCUUUGGUGGUUACGUUGAGGAUUGGAGGGUUCGACGUGAGGAGGGUACUAGUAGAUUCGGGCAGUGCAGUGGAAGUAAUGUACCCUGAUCUGUACAGGGGGCUGAACCUAAGGCCUGAGGACUUAACGGCUUAUGACUCUCCUUUUAUAAGUUUCGAAGGGAAGACUAUCAUACCAAAAGGGCAGAUCAGAUUACCUAUACAGACCAGAUCAGAGGUGGUGGUGGUAGAUUUUAUCGUGGUCGAUGCCUACUCACCCUACACGGCCAUAGUAGCCAGACCUUAG